AUGUCUGCUUCGGAUGGGAGCCGCUUUCUGAACAGGUUCGUCCGAUCUCUCGUGAUAUUUUUGGGCAUUGUAGAGGGAGCUUGCGGACAGAUCCGGUAUUCCAUACCCGAGGAGCUGAAACACGGGGCUUUCGUUGGGAAUAUCGCCGACGAUCUGGGACUCAACGUGGCCGAACUGUCCGCUCGCAGGUUCCGGAUGGUGUCCAGUACUAGAAAGCAGUAUUUGGAGGUGAAUUUGGAGAACGGGAUAUUGUUCGUGAACGAGAAAAUGGACAGAGAGCAACUCUGCGGGAUUAGUCCCACCUGUUUCCUCAACCUUGAAGUUGUAAUUGAAAACCCCCUGGAACUGUAUCAGGCUGAGAUAGAGAUUCUGGAUGUGAACGAUAAUGCCCCCAGUUUUUCGAGCAGCCACGUUAGGUUGGAGAUUACCGAGUCGGCGGCUCCGGGAGCUCGGUUCCCCUUGGAAAGCGCACAGGAUCCGGACGUCGGCACCAAUUCUCUCCGCACCUACCGGCUGUCCCCGAACGAGCACUUUCACCUGGAGGUGCAGACCCGGAGCGAACGCAGUAAGUUGGCCGAACUCAUCCUGGAGAGACCGCUGGACCGAGAGCAACAGGCGCUCCACCGGCUGGUGCUGACGGCGGCGGACGGAGGGACGCCGGAGAAAUCCGGCACCGUUCGCAUCACCGUGGCUGUGCUGGACGCCAACGACAACCUCCCGGUCUUUGACCAGUCGGUGUACACGGUGAGGCUGCGGGAGAACACGCCCAUUGGGACUCUGGUCAUCCAGCUGAACGCCACCGAUUUGGAUGAAGGCACCAACGGUCGAAUAGUCUACUCGUUCAGCAGCCACGCACACGAAAGGGUGCGGGAGCUCUUCACGGUGGGAGCCCAGAGCGGAGAGCUCAGAGUGAAGGGUGUGCUGGAUUACGAGGAGGUCCCGGUGCAUGAAAUCUUCGUGCAGGCGAAAGACUUGGGUCCCAACGCCGUGGCGGCUCACUGCAACGUUAUAGUGGAGAUCCAGGACGAGAACGACAACGCGCCGCAGGUUGUCCUGACCUCUCUGUCCAGCCCGGUCCCCGAGGAUGCUCCGCCGGGCACCGUCAUCGCCCUGAUCAGCGUGACCGACCGCGACACCGGGGCCAGCGGCAAGGUGAACUGCCGGCUGCUCGGCGGCCUCCCGUUCAAACUCUUACCCUCCUUCAAGAAGUAUUACACGCUGGUCACCGACGGCCCGCUGGACCGAGAGGUGGUGCCCGAGUACAAUAUCACGGUGGCGGCAACGGACUCGGGAAGCCCUUCUCUCUCCAGCAACACCACCAUCACCGUCAGAGUGUCCGAUGUCAACGAUAACGCGCCGCGAUUCACCCGGCCCUCUUACACUGUCUACAUCACGGAGAAUAACGCACCGGGCGCCUCCAUCUGUUCGGUGACCGCCGUGGACCCAGACACGAACCAGAAUUCCUACCUGUUCUACUCCAUCCUGGAGAGCAGAAUCCAGGGCAUGUCAAUUUCCACCUACGUCUCGGUGAACUCAGACAACGGGAACAUCUACGCCUUGCGCUCCUUCGACUACGAGCAACUCAAAAGUUUCCAGAUCCAGAUCCAAGCGCAAGACGCCGGGUUCACGCCGCUCAGCAGCAACGCGACGGUCAACGUCUUCAUCCUGGACCAGAACGACAACGGGCCGGUGAUCGUGUCGCCGCUGGCUCGGAACGGCUCGGUGGCCGAGGAGACGGUAGGACGCUGGGCGGAGCCCGGCACUCUGGCGGUCAAGGUGACGGCGGUGGACGCGGAUGAGGGUCAGAACGCUCGGAUCUCCUACCGGCUGCUCCGGGCCACCGACCGGGGGCUCUUCAACCUGGAGAUCCACACGGGGGAGAUCAGGUUGGCCAGGCGCUUCGGGGUCAAGGACUCCACCCAACAGCGGCUGGUGAUCCAAGCCAAGGACAACGGGGUGCCCCCGCUCUCCGCCACCGUCACUGUCGUGUUAACGGCCGUGGACAACCUGGUCAGCAGCAAGCCCGAACUGACCAGCGAGCCGGAGCCUCACUCCGAUUUAACCCUAUACCUGAUCAUCUCCCUGGGCUCCGUUUCCUGCUUGUUUCUGGUCGCCAUCGUGGUCUUGGCUCUUAUCAGGUGCCAGAGGAAUCGAACCCCCGGGAACGCCAGCCCGGUGAUAACCUGCUGCUCCAAAUCGUGUCUGGGUCGAAGGAGAGACUCAGGCGAGGUGUUUCAGAAAUCCAACGUCAACGUCCAGUUGGCAGCGGGUACAAAGGGAGCCCCGAGCGGCUCCGAAGUCGGCGGCUCUAGGCUCCCGUCCCAGGCGUACUGCUACAAGGUGUGCCUGACGCCCGAGUCGGCCAAAAGCGACUUUAUGUUCCUCAAGCCAUACACUCCGCAGAACAACCAGACUGAGGGUCGCGACGCCCGAGCAGCGGGGCGCCAAGGUCCGAUGGCCAGAGUCGCUUCCCAAGCGCCGGGGGAGGUUAAACAACAAAACACUGACUACCAUUGUCCGCCCUGCCAGAGACAUACAGACAGCAGCUCUUGGGACCCCGAGGAGAACCGAGUCCGACCAGAUGGACAGACGGAGGCAAGCAAAGUGCAAGCAGCCGUCCCCACGCCAAGCGGAAACAAGCGGAUAAUCUCAUCGGCAGGAGCUGAUGGAUGGCUGCCGAGGUAUGGCCCUCAGUACCCCUACUGCGACCAGCCCACCGGAUACAAGCUUAAUGUCUACAUCCCCGGCAAUGCACCGUUGAAGUCCAGCAAAAUGAACCCGGCCAGUGAAAUGGACCAGAAUAGUACCUUCUCCACCUUUGGGAAAAAGACAAAAUUAACUUCAUUGCAGGAUGCGGAACUACAUAGGACUUUGAGUUAAGUUCUUCAACUUCCUGAUGUUAUUAGGAAGAAUCCAUUCCCCUGUUUGUGCACAAAAAUAUCAAUCAAUUUGAGUGACGUUCACCGAUAAUUAGCAAAGACCAUGAGAAGGGGGAGAUAAAAUUUCUUUUUUAAUGCAGCAGUGUGUUUGUUGCAACCUGAAAUACACUUCCGGUGGAAACAGAUCCAGAAAAGAGAUUUGGAUAAAUACUCCAGAACGAAAUGUUCACAUGGUUGCGGGGGUGCGGGUGGGGCAGGAGAAGGGUGUAAUUUGAACUAAUUUUUAGGUCUUUUGGAGAGCGAGGGGCUGUCUGGCUGCUUGUGCUCUUUAUUUCGAUGUCUAUGAAUGUGUUUGCAGC